AUGUCCAAGAGAAAGUCUUCGAGCACGAUUGACUAUGACAGUCACCCAUCCGAGCUCGUCGGGUCUGGUGUGAGUACUAUCAACUCGAAAGUCGACAUAAAGCAGCUCCGAGAUAAGAUUCCACCUCAUUGUUUCCAACCAUCGUACACGAAGUCGAUCUAUUAUCUCAGUCGUGACAUCAUGUUAGCCGCGGUCCUUGGCACUGUAGCUCACACUGGUAUACCGAGCCUUCCCAGUGUCUAUUUACGGACAAUCGCCUGGAUUUCGUACGGCUAUCUUCAAGGUCUCGUUUUGACGGGACUCUGGGUCCUUGGUCAUGAAUGUGGCCACAUGGCCUUCUCUCCAUCCCAGACUCUUAACGAUGUUCUGGGCUUCAUCCUUCAUUCGUCAUUGCUGACUCCAUACUUCUCCUGGAAAUCCUCCCACCGCCGGCACCACAUAUACGCAAACAACCUCGCAAAGGAUCACAACUAUGUGCCCCCUACACGCAUUUCAUACGCAGAGAGCCUUCUUUUCCAGGCAAAUCGCUUAGAAGAACUCACGGAAGACUCGCCGGUUGUGAUAAUAUUCCGAAUAUUGAUACAACAGCUCUUGGGAUUCCCUUGGUAUCUACUGACUAACAUCACCGGCUCGCCAGGAAGUCUGCACCGCAAAAGGUCGGACUCUUUCCUCGGAAACAGCCACUUCGCGCCCAGAAGCACGCUGUUCAGGCCCGAAGAAGCUCAUCUGAUUAUCGCAUCUGACCUGGGUUUGCUCGCAAUGGCCGGUGUUCUCUGGUAUGCUUCAGAGUCGCUUGGACUCCCCGUCGUACUACUAUACAUCCAGCCGUGGCUGUGGGUGAAUAACUGGAUUGUUGCGAUAACAUACCUCCACCACACCCACCCGAGUCUUCCGAAGUACGAGGAUGAAGCAUGGAGCUUUGUUAGAGGGGCCACUGCCACGAUGGAUCGGGACUUCGGAUGGACUGGAAGAUAUCUCUUUCACGGUAUAAUUGAGUACCACGUCAUCCACCACUUAUUUUCGCGGAUCCCGUUUUACCAUGCCGAGGAAGCUACAAAGGCGAUAGUCCCUUUGCUGGGAUCUCACUAUCAUUGUGAUAGGAACAGCUCUUUCCUCGCCGGUAUCUGGACGGCCUUCACAAAGUGCCAAUGGGUUGAACCGGACAACGAGGAUGCAAAGCCACGUGAUCGCGUCAUGUGGUAUAAAGGCGGCCCUUCCCCGCCUCCAGAAAUUUCCAUGGGUCGAAAGUCUUGGUCUCUGUAA